AUGGCAUUACUUGAACCAGCCUCGUUUGAGCGGCUCUUUCGACGAUGCGUGAAGUGCGAUAAUGCAGCGGCUGGAGCCUGCCCAGAUCAAUGUCCAACGGGCCAGGUCUGCGGAGUUAUCCCACCGACUUGCGACCAAUGUCAGACGACGGCAUGCCUGGCUGACCCAAAUGCCUCGACAACCUCCACACCAGUAGCAUCAUCGAAUUCGGGCCCGAAUGUAGGAGCAAUUGCAGGCGGUGUCAUUGGUGGCCUUGCGGCUAUAGCUAUAGUCACGUACCUCGUUUGGAGAUUCUGUAUCAAGACGAAGCGGCAGCAGUAUGAGCAAGAGGGCUGGGUAGACAACCAAGAAGAGACGGAAUCAGCAGAAAAGGAUUUCACGAUGCGACGAGAUGCAAGGGCUUCGACACAUACAGUUGGCUCGAUCGCCUCGACCGUCUUGACCCGCGCCUCGAACAUCAUUCAAAUUGCAUAUAUUCCCGGUGUUACGAAUAGAUCGGCCCCGUCCACCCCCGGCCUUCUGGUACCUCCAGUCCCGCCAAUUCCGAUUGCCCUGUCGUCGGCUUCCAGCACUCCAAGAUACGAGCAAGAGCACUUCUUUAUGCCUGGCGACCUCCGGGACUCGACCUACUCGGGCAUCAGCGAUCGAACUUCUUAUGCCAGGACUAGUGUGGCGUCGACCAUCUACGGGAAGAAUGCCGUAGUCUCUCCUAUACCCGCACAAACCGUGAUCAGAGGAAAGGCUGCAGUCGUGAGUGUCAAAUCCGCGGGUGGCAACUCACCAGGCGACCUUACCCCUCCUGUGCCGAGCGUGGAUUAUGACAAAUACGCAACAAACCGUCCUCCAAGCCCAGCUUUCUCUGUCGGCUCGACCUUCUUGAGCAAUGCCAAUGCUGCAACACAAGUAAGACCUCAGGUCGUCAGAGUAAUAUCUGGUCCGAAGAAGGUGGCGUCUCAAGAUCCGAUUUCAGCACAAGAAGAAUCUCGCCAGAGUCUACUUCCCCGCGACUCGAACGCCAUCACAAUCAUCGACGACACCCCAACGAUGGCACAAGGUCCUUUUGGUGACCCAGCGUCACCGCGGCAUACCAGCAACGGCGGCCUAAGCGUUGUCAAGGAGUCAAAAGGAGACAGCGACGAAAGUAGGGGAAGCACCCCGUUUGGGGAUGAGCACGAGGUGAAAGAGGGAUAG